AUGUCGAAACGCGACAUCGUCCUCACCAAUGUCACCGUUGUCCAGCUGCUGCGACAGCCAUGCCGGGUGACCAGAGCACCACCCCCACCGGAGCCCAAGGUUGAAGCAGAGCCAGAGCCCCAGCCUGAGGCCGAGCCAGAGCCCCAGCCUGAGGCCGAGCCAGAGCCCCAGCCUGAGCCAGAGCCUGAGCCAGUCAAGGAGGAACCCCCACCUCCUCAACCUAAGAAGGCUUCUGUGGUUCAGAAGCUGACAGUGGGCAUCAAUGGAUUCGGACGCAUCGGUCGCCUGGUGCUCCGCGCCUGCAUGGAGAAGGAUGUGAAGGUGGUGGCGGUGAAUGAUCCAUUCAUUGACCCGGAAUAUAUGGUAUACAUGUUUAAAUAUGACUCCACCCAUGGCCAGUACAAGGGGAAUGUGGAGUACAGGAAUGGAAAGCUGGUGGUAGACAAGCAGGAGAUCAGCGUCUUCCAGUGCAUGCAGCCCCGAGACAUUCCCUGGAAGUCCGUCGGGAACCCCUUUGUGGUGGAGUCCACAGGCGUGUACCUGUCCUUAGAGGAAGCUUCAGACCACAUCGAGGCAGGUGCCACACGUGUGGUCAUCUCUGCACCCUCACCCAAUGCGCCCAUAUUUGUCAUGGGGGUAAAUGAGAAGGACUAUGAUCCUGGCUCCAUGAAAGUUGUCAGCAAUGCCUCCUGCACCACCAACUGCCUGGCCCCCCUUGCCAAGGUCAUCCAUGAGCAAUUCGGGAUCGUGGAAGGGCUGAUGACCACAGUUCAUUCCUACACUGCCACCCAGAAGACGGUGGAUGGGCCAUCAAAGAAGUCCUGGCGAGAUGGGCGGGGUGCCCAUCAGAACAUCAUCCCAGCCUCCACAGGGGCUGCCAAGGCUGUUGGAAAAGUCAUCCCAGACCUCAAAGGGAAGCUGACAGGAAUGGCAUUCCGGGUGCCAACCCCAGAUGUAUCUGUUGUGGACCUGACUUGCCGCCUGGCCCAGCCGACCUCGUAUGAGGCCAUCAAAGACGCCAUAAAAGCAGCAGCCAAGGGGCCUAUGGUGGGCAUCCUCGCCUACACUGAGGAUGAGGUCGUCUCCACUGACUUUGUGGGCAACACCCACUCGUCCAUCUUCGACGCUAAGGCCGGCAUCGCGCUCAACGACAACUUCGUGAAGCUAAUUUCCUGGUACGACAACGAAUACGGGUACAGCCACCGGGUGGUGGAUCUCCUCCGCUAUAUGUUCAGCCGCAACAAGUGA